GAAGGUCCCUUGCUGCCUUCGUUUAUUUACAACUGAACCGUCCCUCUUUCUUCCAUUACAUCAACAAACCCAAAUCCCCCACAAUUGCCAUCAUGGCAGACUCGGACCGACCACGGUCGCGUUCGCGAUCACCAUCGCAAAAACCUAAAAUCAACACGGGCGGAUUUAAAUGGAAGCAGAAGUCCAGCACCAGCAACGAUGACAACCAAGACCGCGCCGGUCUGCAGCGUGGCUACAGGGAUCGUUCACCCAGGAGGAACCGUGAUCGGGAUGAUGAUCGUACCAGAGACAGAGACUCGGGUCGGGACCGCGACCGUUCAGCACGCAGGAGAGAUGACCGCGACCGUGAAAGGGACCAAAGAGGAGGAGGAGAUCGCUACAGGGGCGAUAGCUACAGAGGCGACCGAGAUCGCGACCGCGACCGUUCACCAAGGAGAAGAGACGACCGCGACCGUGACCGCGACCGUUCCCCACGACGCAACAACCGCUCUCCCCGCCGCGACCGCGACCGAUCCCCUCGUCGUGACCGCCCCGACCGGCCCAAGAAAGAAAAGAAAGACGACAAACCCUCUACCGCUCCCGCUCCUUCAGCAGGAGGAGGAGGAGGAGAGGAAAUGAUCAUCGUAACCGUCAACGACCGACUGGGCACCAAGGCGCAAAUCCCCGCUUUCCCCUCGGACACGAUCAAGCAGUUCAAGGUCAUGGUGGCGAUGCGGGUCGGUCGCGAGCCGCAUGAGAUCCUGCUGAAGAGGCAGGGUGAGAGGCCGUUUAAGGAUCAACUCAGCUUGGCGGACUAUGGAGUUAGUAAUGGGGUGCAGAUUGAUUUGGAGGUUGACACUGGUGAUUGAGGAGGUACGUGAGGAGGAUUGGGCUGGGGAGGGGGGAGGAGUGGAAAAUGGAGAG